AUGAAUAACAACGCUGCGUCGCCGUACGGGCUUCAGGUGCCUGUAUCGUCCGCCUCGCCUAGCGGAUCAAAUAACACCACAACAGGCAGACCGCCGCUAUGGACGCCAUCAUCGCGACGCAAAGUCUCUCGUCUCUAUCUUUACACCACGCUGCCUCUGGAGAAGAUCAUGGCUGUCGUGCACGCCAAAUCUCCAGAUACUCCAGCACCUGGGAAAGAUUCAGCCCACAAGACACUCAAUGCCAUGCUCAACAAGCAACCGCGAUGGCUUCACCCGAAAACAGAAGAUGACAUGGUUCGACGAUUAGAAGAACUGUCUCUGUCUCCUACACGAACCAGUUCAACGAAUAAUUCUAUUGCCUCUCCUCCAUUGGGUGCGGGGCCAAUUCCUGCUCUCAAUGCUAUUCCAACGCCGCAUCUUAUGCGACAUACCGACACUCGAGUUUCGCUCGAAGUGCCGCCCUUUAACCAAUACCCUCAACCUCAGCAACCCGCCGUGAACAGAUCAGCUGCCCAUAGACAGAUGGAACAGCGCCAAGAAGAGAAUAGCACAUUUCGAAACUUUUUACAACGACCAACAUUCAUGACUACUUCAACAGACUGCACCACUGGGACUCUACAUCGCUUACUACAUGAAUAUCCUCACCCAUAUGUCAAGACUGUAAAGCGACUUAUCAAACGAUACACAGCACCUCUCAACCGCCGAGGAUCCAGUCUCUCGCCAAUCUCAGACGAGGAACCAAGCGUGGCCUCGUGGCUCAAUGAUCGCGAUGCACCAGGUUGGCUACCUAACAGACCUCACUAUCUACCCGGUGACUUUCUAUGUGUCGACGAACUUGCCCAAGGACAUAUUUGUUUCCCGGAGAUCGAAGAGCACAUGAAGCUGUCAUGCUUCUGCCGCCCUGUGGAAGAGAUUGUGGAACCAGCCUGGAUAACAGCACAAGGCUUUUCGCAUGCCGGCGAUAAUGCGCUAUCGUUCGCUUUGGGGAGUGGCUUGUUUGAACAGCGCGAUCAAUUUGGUCACACACUCCUCCAUCUUAUGGCGGCACGAUUCAUGCGGGACCAUCUUUUCCAGACCAUCUUGUCAGACCAAGACAUCCAUAUUCUCAACGCACAGAAUACAGCUGGCCAAACGCUCCUGCACGUAUUGCACACCUCCUGGUUCCAACCUCAUAAUCAGUUUCUCUUGCAACAAUUACUAGAUGUUCUGGCUCAGAAGGGAUUCGAUUUCAGUGCUUGCGAUCAUUACGGAAGAUCAUUUUCACAUAUCCUUCUUCUCAAGGACGCCUCAGUCGAACUACGAAACCAUCUGCUUCAGCUAUGCAAAGCUACAGACUAUCAGAAAAGGGACGCUUUCAAUGUAACACCUGAAUAUGCAGUCAUCCCCGAACCUUCAUUCGGCAUCAACAGGGCGUACACACAAGCCAUGGACCUCGAUCCGCCUGCCCCGAUGUCUCAACAAGAUAGCAGCGCAGAUCCAUAUCAUAUACAUGAUAUCAGCCAGGAGACAAGUCUUCUGAGAUCCAUCAGCGAGGCCGAGAACAACCCCCGAUUCGAAGAUUCAGAGGGACGCAAUGGAUUACACUGUCUUGCAGCAGCCACGUUGAGCACUUCAACCAUCACGCAAAAGUACUACCUUGACGAGAACGGAGAGCCAACCGACCGCAAACGAAGAAGGGAUAAGAUCACGAAAGAUUCGGACUCAAGCACCUACCGAUUGAAACUCCGCUUUUUGCUCCUAGAAAGGCUCCUCGGGGCAGGCGUCGACCCAAACCACUACAAUGUCCACGGCAACACGCCCCUCAUGGCUUUCGCCGCCCAACUCCCUGAAGACGACGAUUACAGACUCGGCCCCGAGAUCAUUGAAGCGCUCGUCAACUCCGGAGCACAAGUCAACGCACGCAACAGAGCAGGCGAGACAGCGCUACACAUCGCAGUCCGCUGCGGCCACAAACUCGCCGCCAAACAACUCGUCGAGAGCGGCGCCAGUGUCUAUGCGCGUGAUGCGGCAGGUAGAAGCGUGCUGGAAGUGGCGGACGUUAAGAUGGAGAGUCUCAGGGGACAGGAUGCUGCGGAGUACGCGCACCUUGAGGCUUGUCGGGCGUGGUUGAGUGGGACUUCGGGACAUGCGGUUCAGAAGCCGACGGUGUUGCAGGAGUGGGGGGCUACUUUAAACGACGACUGA